GUGUAAAUUCUUUUUUAAUAUUAUUUUAUACAAACAUGUUGGGGAUGGGCUUUGCCGCAUUUUAAAAGCGGAAUAAAAAAUGUACAGCAGACAGAAUGAGGAAACGUUAGGCUUAAAAGAGGCGGAAUUCUGCGGAGAAGAUGCAGAACAAAACGGAAAUAAAGAAAAAGUACGAGAUCUCCAACACCAGAUUAACGAUUUGGAGGAAAAGGCAAAGAAAAUUGAAAAUCAGCGAACAAAAAAUUUAAGUGCAGUUACUGCAAUAAACCAACGGAACCGAGACCAUAUGAAACAAAUUUUCCUCAGUGCAGAACACAUGCAAAAUAAUGAACAUUUUCGUGUAAGAGAUGAUGAUCCUUUCACAAGAAAAUCUGCUCGUAUGAAAUUAGUAACUGGUGUGGCAAGAACAAAAACAGAUGGAGAAGGUCUUGAUGUUACUACUGGCUCUAUGAGUACGGAUUCAUCCUUUUCGGGUUCCCCUUCCAUAUUAAAUAAAAGCAGUAGUGCUGUACUUCCACCCCCUGGUGAUUUAUUUAGUGCUCAUGGAAUUGAUAUAAAUAUUGACUUGGACAAAGUAUUGCCAGUAACAAGUGGAAUCUCUCUUCGUGCCCCACCAAUUGCUUCUGUGUCAUCAACAGGUUCUCAAUAUCCACAGCGAGCACCUCAAAAGUCAUCGAGAACUUUAACUCUCGAAGAAUAUAAAAGAAAAUAUUCAUCACGAUUGACCUAA